AUGCCCACCUGCAAUGGCAGCGGCCAAAGUGAUGGGGAUCAUGGUGACGAUGGUGACGAUGGUGAUGGUGGUGAUGAUGAUGAUGAUGAUGAUGGUGAUGAUGGUGACGAUGGUGACGAUGGUGAUGAUGGGGAUGAUGGGGAUGAUGGUGACGAUGGUGAUGAUGAUGGUGAUGAUGGUGAUGAUGGGGAUGAUGGUGAUGAUGGUGAUGAUGAUGGUGAUGGUGGUGAUGAUGGGGAUGAUGGGGAUGAUGGGGAUGAUGGUUAUGAUGGUGAUGAUGGUGAUGAUGGUGAUGAUGGUGAUGAUGGUGAUGAUGGGGAUGAUGGUGAUGAUGGUGAUGAUGAUGGUGAUGGUGGUGAUGAUGGGGAUGAUGGGGAUGAUGGUGAUGAUGGUGAUGAUGGUGAUGAUGGUGAUGAUGGUGAUGAUGGUGAUGAAGGUGAUGAUGGUGAUGAUGGUGAUGAUGGGGAUGAUGGUGAUGAUGGGGAUGAUGGGGAUGAUGAUGGUGAUGAUGGGGAUGAUGAUGGUGAUGAUGGGGAUGAUGGGGAUGAUGGUGAUGAUGGUGAUGAUGGUGAUGAUGGGGAUGAUGGGGAUGAUCUGGAUGAUGGUGAUGAUGAUGGUGAUGAUGAUGGUGAUGACGGUGAUGAUGGUGAUGAUGGUGAUGAUGGGGAUGAUGGUGAUGAUGGUGAUGAUGGUGAUGAUGGGGAUGAUGGUGAUGAUGGUGAUGAUGGUGAUGAUGGGGAUGAUGGUGACGAUGGUGAUGAUGGGGAUGAUGGUGAUGAUGGUGAUGAUGGUGAUGAUGGUGAUGAUGGUGAUGAUGGUGAUGAUGGGGAUGAUGGGGAUGAUGAUGGUGAUGAUGGGGAUGAUGAUGGUGAUGAUGGGGAUGAUGGGGAUGAUGGUGAUGAUGGUGAUGAUGGUGAUGAUGAUGGUGAUGAUGAUGGUGAUGAAGGUGAUGAUGGUGAUGAUGGUGAUGAUGGGGAUGAUGGUGAUGAUGGUGAUGAUGGGGAUGAUGGGGAUGAUGGUGAUGAUGGUGACGAUGGUGAUGAUGGGGAUGAUGGGGAUGAUCUGGAUGAUGGUGAUGAUGAUGGUGAUGAUGAUGGUGAUGAAGGUGAUGAUUGUGAUGAUGGUGAUGAUGGAGAUGAUGGUGAUGAUGGUGAUGAUGGUGAUGAUGGGGAUGAUGGUGAUGAUGGUGAUGAUGGUGAUGAUGGGGAUGAUGGUGACGAUGGUGAUGAUGGGGAUGAUGGUGAUGAUGGUGAUGAUGGUGAUGAUGGUGAUGACGGUGAUGAUGGGGAUGAUGGGGAUGAUCUGGAUGAUGGUGAUGAUGAUGGUGAUGAAGGUGAUGAUGGUGAUGAUGGUGAUGAUGGGGAUGAUGGUGAUGAUGGUGAUGAUGGUGAUGAUGGGGAUGAUGGUGAUGAUGGUGAUGAUGGUGAUGAUGGGGAUGAUGGUGACGAUGGUGAUGAUGGGGAUGAUGGUGAUGAUGGUGAUGAUGGUGAUGAUGGUGAUGAUGGUGAUGAUGGUGAUGAUGGUGAUGAUGGGGAUGAUGGGGAUGAUGAUGGUGAUGAUGGGGAUGAUGAUGGUGAUGAUGGGGAUGAUGGGGAUGAUGGUGAUGAUGGUGAUGAUGGUGAUGAUGAUGGUGAUGAUGAUGGUGAUGAAGGUGAUGAUGGUGAUGAUGGGGAUGAUGGUGAUGAUGGUGAUGAUGGUGAUGAUGGGGAUGAUGGUGAUGAUAGUGAUGAUAGUGAUGAUGGUGAUGAUGGGGAUGAUGGUGAUUUUCGCAACCAUGCACAUGCCAAGUCACAGGUGCAUGAGCACUGCAUGGAUGGGCAUAGCAUGGAUGGGCAUAGCAUGGAUGGGUAUCGCAUGGAUGGGCAUAGCAUGGAUGGGCAUCGCAUGGAUGGGCAUAGCAUGGAUGGGCAUAGCAUGGGUGGGCAUCGCAUGGAUGGGCAUAGCAUGGAUGGGCAUAGCAUGGAUGGGCAUAGCAAGGAUGGGCAUCGCAUGGAUGGGCAUAGCAUGGAUGGGCAUCGCAUGGAUGGGCAUCGCAUGGAUGGGCAUAGCAUGGAUGGGCAUAGGAUGGAUGGGCAUAGCAUGGAUGGGCAGAGCAUGGACGAGCAUAGCAUGGAUGGGCAUCGCAUGGAUGGGCAUCGCAUGGAUGGGCAUAGCAUGGAUGGGCAUAGCAUGGAUGGGCAUCGCAUGGAUGCGCAUAGCAUGGAUGGGCAUAGCAUGGAUGGUCAUAGCAUGACAUGGGUAUGGCACAUGAUGGCACGGCAUGACAUGGAUAUGGCACAUGAUGGCACGGCAUGA